UUCAAUUACUACUCGUACAAAUUGUUUUCUCUCAUGGCUUGUGUUGGAAAUAUAACAAAUGAAGAUGAAUUCAACUAAUGAAGACGUUUUCUCAUUGCAUCAGAGACAGAGAGGGAAAGAGAGAAGACAGAAAUUGUGUUAGGGAAAUAUGGAUUAUUUACAAAGUGGAGUACGAACACUGAAAAGGCAUAGUAUAUCAAAUAUAACUGAUGCUAUCAGGAGCCAUAUACACCGGGAUUCAUUCAGUGGACUAGGGCGACAUCUCUUCUCAACUAACAAAGCAGAUCUUACAUUGAAAAAUGCUGCAUUUGCCAGUGUAUCGACUGCCAUUGUUCAUUUAUUUCAAAAGAAGAAAUUACAAGAAAAUGAACUAUCAGCUUUGCAGGAAUCUGUACGGAAUCUCACCACGACGGAGGCAGGGCCUCUAAUCUACGAUUACUACAAGGACAAACUUAUAAAGAAAGGAAUGGUCAUAAUUCGUGAACAAAUAAAACACGAAACUGCGUCAAAUAUAAAUGAGAAAGCGAAGACAUUAAAGUACAAUGAGGGAUAUCCUACAUGCUGUUAUUUAAUGGAAUAUACUGUACCUACAAAGUCAAUGAAAGGUGAUAAAGAUCCGACUGUCAUAGACACGUUCAAUAUUGUAGUGAGUGAUAAAAUUCCAAAGUAUCAUGUAUGA